AUGUGUCGAAGCACAAGGGCUUUGUGCCCGGUCCCACAUAUGUCCCUCCUCCUUGGGCGAAGAUGGGCAAACCAUUUUGUCCAGAGGGCGGACGCUACAUGCUGGAUGCACAUAAACCACCCAGCUACUUCGACGUGGCGCCCAAGCUCUUCGAAGCCAAUCCACCGCCUGGGAGCUAUGAUGCCAAAGGCUCUGUGGAGUUCAAGGCUGUGGGGCAAGUGGUCUACAGAUAUGAAAGUGCCACCAGCUCUGAGACCAAAGACAUGGUGGCCAAGGCAGCGGUGGGUUGGGUGA